AUGGCCGCUCUUCCACAGCAGAAAGUCCACGAUGUGAUCAAGCAAUACCGGCCUGCAAGACAAUUUCCCGGUUCCACUCGCUCAGAUGGGGUUGAGAGUCGUGUCACAUCCCUUGAUUUCGAUGAUAUGGGCGAGUUCCUGGUCGCAGCCUCCGACGACGAGACGAUGCAUGUCUAUGAUAUUAAAGAGGGCAAGAGAACCAAGACUAUACCCAGCAAGAAGUAUGGCAUACAUCUGGCUCGAUUUACUCACCAUCCGCGCAACGUUCUAUUCGCAAGUACGAAGCAAGACGACUCUUUACGCUUGUUGGAACUCCACAACGAGAGCUUCGUUCGCUACUUUACUGCUCAUACCGCACAAGUCACUUGCAUAGCCCUGUCUCCAGGCAACGACCAGUUCUUAUCAUGCGGUAAUGAUGACAUGGUUUGUUUGUGGGAUCUCAAUUCCAGAAGUCCUCAGGGAAAACUGAAACUAGUUACUCCCUAUCUCGCAGCCUACGACCCCUCUGCUCAGAUCAUGGCGAUAGCGUCGCAAUCCACAUCCUCUAUCCUUCUGUACGAUGUUCGAAACUUUGACAAAGCCCCCUUUGCUACUUUUGACAUGGCGGAAGCGGAGGACAGGUAUACCCCAACCACAAAGGGGCGUGCAUGGACAAAAUUGGAGUUCUCGAACGACGGCAAAAAUAUGCUUCUGGGUACCGACUAUCACGGUCACUUUGUGCUGGACGCCUUUGACGGAAAGGUCAAAUCAUUUCUCCUAGGGAAGACCGCAGGGACUGGACGGGCUGCUCCUGUGUCGACAUCAGGAAAACCUCUCGGUCAAGGAGAUGUUUGCUUCACACAAGAUGGGAGGUAUGUCGUUGGUGGGGCUGGCGAUCAGCCGGACCUACUUGUCUGGGAUACCCAGAAUGUCGCCGAUGUUCGACUGGAGCCCCUGGUUCGAUUGACGAGUCGAGGAAUCAAGGCGCCAGUCGUACAAUGCAAUCCUCGAUACAACAUGCUCGUGACUGCCGACACCAAAGUGUGCAUGUGGUUACCAGGCGACCAGAUCAAGAACCCCGAACUAUGA